GCUAAGAAAGGGCAAGGGAAAUAUAAUUUUGUAUCGUCUUAUUUUAAAGAAUUCGAGCCCGCGCUACAAUCCGCUGAUAAUCCAAGAUGGCGACGCCGCGAAACAGUCCACGAAGUCCUUCUUCUCCGACCUCGCCACGUCAAACACACCAAAAGACGGUCCCUUGGGAUGCGGAAAUCGACUCUGAUGCGUUGUUUUCCUCGCAUACGAUUGAUGAGAUUCGAGCUCUUGAAAACAAAACAAGAAGCGAUAUUGAGAAUAAAAAAGAAGAAUUGCGCUUGAUGGUUGGAGAGAGAUACAGAGAUCUUAUUGAUGCUGCAGAUACUAUCACAGAAAUGAAAUAUUGUGCACAAAAGGUAAAUGAUACAAUAGAUGACAUUCAAAAACAAUACAAGGACUUGUACCAGUCUCACCGCUGUCAUGGAGUGGGAGGAGUCACCCAACCAACGAAAGGACCUACACAGUCAAAGUCAGGAUUCUACUCUCUUGCAUCACAAAUGAAACUACUGGUUGACACGCCAGAAAAGGUGUGGAGUGCACUGGAGCGUCAGCAGUACAUGAAAGCCACGCAGCUCUACCUGCUCUCCCAUCACAUCGUCAGCAUACUUCACCUGGAAACUGGGUCCAAGGCAGCACCCAAAGUCCUGUCCUCCUUUCCUAUCCUUCAAAGACAGUGGGCCGCCAUCAGCCACUUCAAGGAGUCAAUUCUACAGGGGAGCAGAGCUUUGUUGAAAGAUGCCACACAGACAGAUGAGGCUACUGCAGAUGCCCUGUGUUCCAUAUUACUUUUGGAAGAGAGCUCACCCCGACAAGUCUUCUCGGAAUUCCUCCUUGCAAGGAAGUCAGCUCUGCAAGAGAUCUUCCAUCCCAGCCAGCAUGCCACAAGUAUAAAGUCUCAAAUCUGUGAAGUCGUCCGUGUGAUCAGAACCAGUCUUUAUCAGAUUUACACCCUAUUCAUGUAUGGACUGGAUGGUAACUCUGAAAUCCAUGAGAUCAAAGAUAAUCCAUCUCUUUUAUUUCAAGUUCUCUACAAGGUAACUAGACGUGAGCGCUCAGAUCCAAACAGCGAUGAGGAAGCUCUUGAAGGCUUAUUUGGCCCUGAUUUCGACCUGGUAACAAGCGCAAGAUAUCUCCCCAAGACUGUUCUUGGGUACAGACCACACAUGCGAUCAUUCCCAGCAACCAUUCCAUUGCGCAACAUCCAGGCAAACUGUGAGGAAUGGAUUAACAUGUGCUUGCGUGAUGUCUCCAGUGGUGUGGCCAAACUCCUUAAGUAUAUCGGUACCCUAAAGGGCCUGGCUACCAUCAGGGAUGCUAUCUGGAAUCUCUUAAAAGAGGCAGCAGCUGCUCAAGCCUCUUCAGAUGGGCUGACCUGGGAAGACCUUUGCAGGACAGUUCUCAAUAAAGACAUGUGUCUGUGGGACACGUUUCUUAGACCACUUUUCUCAGAAAGAGCUAAGACUAUUCUCCGUGGUCUUUUCAAUGCAACUGUUUCAUCUUCCAAAAACAUGGUCACCAAGUCCAUGGAUGAUCUCUCUGACUACCACCACACUGACCCGAUGGUACGCUGGGACAGGGACCUUGCUGGCUAUGUGUGGCACGAGAGUGCAAAUGAUGGCCCUCUCAGCAUCCUAUCGGUGGGUAAUAAUGCUACAAAAGACAAGGAUGGCGGAGGGCUUACAUUGAAAUCUUUGGCGUGUACCCCUUCAAUUGUAAGUCUGUGUUCCAGCAUAAACGACAAGCUCUCGGUGAUUUUAGAAGAUGCUCAAUACCUGAUUGCUGAUCCCAAGCCAGACAAUGCAUCCCCUGCUACCCCUAAACAGUCGAUUUUUGUUCCCCCUGGUACCCCCAGACAGUCAAGUUUUGCCCAGAAUGAGGCAGGACACCAGUCGCCCUUUGAUCGUUAUAAAGACAGCAGUAAAAUACAGACUUUCCUACAGGACGCUUGUUUUACUGCAUUCAAUGAACUGUUGGCGUUUAUUGAUCAAUUAUUCACUGAGCACAAAAGCAAAUUGGAAUCUGACACCUCCCUGUGUUAUGACACUACGUGCAUCGAUAGGGUGCUCUUCAUGGGCCGCCUGUGCCGUGCUGUGCCAACACAGUGUACCCACCUCAAGCAUGUCAUGCAGGGCGUGGUCACUCAGACAGAGAGUACCCCCUCCCGAGGCACGCCCAGGCUCACACGCUCAUCAAGUGUCGCCAGACGGAAGCUGGAAGUUCCUGGUAAGAUGUCAGAGCUUUCGGAGCUGUUGCUGAACCGCUAUCUCGGGGCAUUCCGCAUCUGGAUCGGAUGGGCGAGCGAUGUAUUCCUCUCCUCCUACGAGGAGUCUUUGCUGCAUGGCGAUGCCGUGUCUGCGCUCUACUCCAUCACGAGUUGGGAAGAGCUGAAAAUCGAAGAAGAAUCUGAGUCUGGUCAACAAGUGCAGUCCACUAUCCGUGUUCCUAUGCAGGUCUCAACUUACAUCACGUCUCUACUCUUCAGUCUGUGCCAAGAGCUAAAUCGCAUCGGUGCGCAUGCGUUAGAUCGGCGGCUACUGCAGGAGCUUGUGAAUAUUCUGUCCGAACGUGUGCUUCGGCUUUACGAGCGCUUCACGGAGAAGCACCGAACAAGCCUAGCGCAGAACCGAGCGCUCCAGGCCAUCUUUGACGUAAAGUUUGUCACGUCGAUUCUUGCAGGCCGGACAGAAGACGAAAAAGUGCGGCAGGUCACGCCUAAUUUCUCGGACCGCCUUCAAACUGUUGUCGACACCCUUGAGGGAUUCGUGGACCCGUUUGAUUUGGACGUGUUCUCGCCACACAUCACUAGAAACCUGACGAGACAGCUGCAGCGAUGCGGGGUUCUUUUCGGCAUCCUGGUCACUUUAGACAAGCAUACAAAUCAUUCCUUUGGCGUGACCUCACGAUCCACAUCCGGGUCUCAAGAUCAGCACAACAUCAUGCCUCUGGCGCCCAAUCCUCCCCGGUUCUCCCUGUUACCGCUGACCUCGCACCAUGGAGGCUCAACGUAUUCGUCGGCAGAGGAUAGCUAUGACAUUAGAAAAAAGACCUCCGAUGUCUACAAACCCACCACGCCCUUAGUGGGUCUCACCGCCUUCCAUCGUCACCAUCAAUUCUUCAACUCCGAACAGAGACGACUGCAAGAGCUACAGGCGUCCUGACAACUCCGGCCACCAUGGCAACUUGACGUCAGUCCGGUAACCAUAACAACGUGACGUCAGCGGCUUGCACGUCACACUUGAAGGCGUAUAGGAAGUGACGUCAUAGAUAAAUUUUAUAACUUGAGAGACAUGGUAUGACUAUUUUGUCCAGUGUUUUGCUAAGAUGGUCUAUAGAUCACCAGCAAUUUUCAAGGCAUUGUUGGUCUGCGGUUGGGAAAGGGAUAAGAGUAAAUAAAGGAAUUGAAUAAAAAACGCUAAAAUCUUAAAA